AUGGAUUGUCCUAAUAGUACUCAACAAGACUCUGGAGAAGCAAAUGAAGAACAGCAAAUUUUGCAAAAUGAAGGAAAGAAAAACUCAAAUAAAAGAGUUUCAUCAAACAUAUCUUCAUCCUUAGCAUCAUCGUCCGAGUCACCAUCAUCAGAAAUGGAGAUACAGUCGUCUGAUAUGAAUACUAGCCAACUGUAUUCAAUGUCCAGUGGCUCGUCAGGCUAUUCAGAUGUGCAGAGUUCAUCGACGGACGCUGGAAUUUCCAGGGAUGAAAUUGCUGAUAAAAAUGGCAACUGUAUUCAACUUAUCAAUGGACUCGUCACGAUGUCAAUGGCAGAUGCAAAACUAUGGUACAAGUUUUUGAAAGUGGGAACAGAAAUGAUUAUCAAUAGAAAUGGAAGGAGAAUGUUUCCAUACGUCGAAUUUUACUUAAGAGGCCUAGAUCCUUUUGGAUUAUAUGACGUCAUUUUUGACAUCAUACCCGCCAGCAACAAAAGCUUUAAGUUUCUCAACAACAAAUGGGUUCCGAUUGCGAGAAAGGAAGAAGAGUAUAAGAAUCAUUCCUUCAAACAUCCGGACUCUCCUCGGAUUGGAUCGGAGUGGAUGACUCGAAAGAUUUCCUUUGAAAAAAUGAAAUUGUCAAACAAACCAAGCACAAAGCCUGGGAUGUUUACGCUUCAUACAUUUCAAAAAUACUUGGUUCGCAUUUCCUUGGUAAAACGUGAAAAAGAUGAUGGGCUCUCCGUUGUUGAAUUUCCUAUUCAGGCCACAACUUUUAUAGCAGUUACUGCUUACAACAACAAAGACGUGACUGUGUUGAAGAUUAACAGCAAUCCGUAUUCAAAAGGAUUUCGUUUUCCGGUGAAAAGACUAACAAAACAAGCCCUUGAACAAAUUGAUUCUAAAGAAUUAAGAAUGAAGACACGUGAGGAUUGCCGGAAAGGUUCAGUGAAUAAUCACAUCAGAAAGGAGGAACCAGCUUUUACACAAUCUCCACUGGAUUUAUCCACCAAUAAAGACAGUCGUAAAUCAAAUCAUGUUUCUGACUCUGAAAACAGUGCUGCAAAUGAUAAGAAAAUGCAAACGGAUGUUACAAUGGCAGACAUGGACUUUCUCUUCUACUUACUUGCAUAUUCCAAUCCAGAGAGACACACUGAGAGGAUUAGACCCUGUUUCUACCACAUUUCUGGACAUUUCCCCAGAGGUUUGUGUGAUCCAGCAACACAAACUGAAAAAGAAAAGGAAGUAUUGUGCACAGUGAAUGACCGUGAACGUGGAAAGCAGGAGGAGAGAUGGAAGGAAUACAAUGCCAGAAUAGAGAGAGAAGGUGAUGAGAUCUUUCUCCCACAGCCGAUCACUCUGAAGCAGAUGAAGAUGAGAUCUUUAUCCCACAGCCGAUCACAUUCAAGGAGAAGGGGUGAUCUUUAUCCCACAGCCGAUCACUCUCAAGCAGAUGAUGAGGUCUUUACCCCACAGCCAAUUACUUUCAUGGAGAAGGUGAUGAGAUCAUAUGUUUGA